AUGGGUGACCCUUUUGUUUACUUGGCGGAGUGGCAGGUGCUGCUCUGUACGUCCUGUGGCUACUGCCUCCGGCCGGGACGUGACGUCUGGGUUCGACACCUGAGGCAGGCACCUCAUCUCCUGCGAGGAGCGUCCUUGAAGGCUCUCGUUGAGCUGUUUGCCAGCUAUGUCCUGCGAGCCGCAGAGGCCGAGCCAGGGCAGCUGCCGACAGAGGUCAUCUCGGGACUACGGCUCCUUGACGGCUUCCAGUGCCUUACCUGCUCGGCUUACCUCACCAGGGACUACAAGGCCAUGCAGCGUCACGUGUCGAAGGCCCACCAGCAGAAGCUAGCGUUACACGAGAAGAGCCCUUUAUGGCGGGAUGGGGCCACAGGAGCCAUAGACGCUAGCACAAAGAGCUUGGACUCGGGGGAGGCAGACUUCUUCAAGCAGCUAGAUAAAGACGCAGUUACUACAGAGGAGGAUGCUAAAGCAGAAGCUAACAUUGUUCACGGCUUUGAUAGUCACAGAUCUGCAGUAGUGCCGUGGCUAAGACGGACCGGCAUCGAGGAGCACACACGGGGCUUGAAAAAGGACGAGAUGCACGCCUCCUUUCUGGCGCCGAGGAAUGCCGACGACGAGCCCGAGCUGUUCUUAAUGCUAGAGGUCAUGGACGAGAUCUUUACAGAGGCACACAGCUAG